AUGGCCAAGUCAGCAUGGGAGCAGAAGAUCGCGCCAGGCGUAGAGACGUAUGUCUGCCAGCCGGCUGAUCCCGCGCUCAGGGGGCCCAGGGACUUUCCCAUCACUGGCUGUGACCAGGCCAUGCCCAAGAUACACGCACGAAUAACGAUACACUACAAGCUGACUGAACAGUCUGAGGAGUCACGCAGGAGUAUCGUCACGUCGCUCAAGACGGGCUUGGAAAAGCUCGCCUCUCAAUUACCUCACCUGACUGCAACCGCUGCGGUAGACCCCGUGUCUAAGCGUGGUACGCUCAAAACAAUCGGAAACGAUGAUGGAGUUCUCUUCCUGGUGACUGGCGCGACAACUGUCCGCACCGAUCUUCCAUCAUAUGCAGAGCUCGAGCGUGAACGCUUUGGACCUUGGAAGCUCCCCAAAGGCGCCACCUAUCCAGAUGGCCUGAUCAACCCCGUGGCGUCCAUUGAGGGCCACCAGAUCGGACUGCCUGGGUGCAUAUUCCAGCUCAAUUUUAUAGACGGCGGCAUCAUCCUCACUGCUUGCUUCCAUCAUUAUGUCGCAGAUGGACCGAGUGUCAAUAAGAUCUUCCACGCUUGGGGCGCUCAUUGUCGAGGACUUCCUAUCGUUGAUCUGUUCACCGAUCGCACCAUUCUCAUCAAUCCCGAGCCGGCUCCUCAGUCCGAGGUGCAGGAACUAGAGCGAAAGAUGACGGCUCAUGGCUGCAUGGUGGAUUCCACAAAGGCAGACCCCAACAACCCUUGGUCCAACAUGAUGGGACCGCCAGUCAAGACGUCGAUUGUCAGUUUCCACCUUGACAAGGUCGCAGCUCUGAAAGACGAAGUCGCAGCAAAGAGGUCCGCCAGGGUAUCGACUCAUGAUUGUUUUCAAGCCAUUUUAUGGUGGGGACUGGUUCGUGCCAAAUGCGCAUUGGGAGAAGAUGAGGGUAUCGAGACCUCUUGGUCCGUAUUUCCCGUCAGCUUCCGCUCAAACAACAACCCCGGGUUUCCCAAGAAUUACAUCGGCAAUGGCACGCUCUUCAACGGUGCAGAGGUCCCGAUUGCCACGCUCAAGGCUUCAGAAGGGCCGCUCGAUGCAGCUGUAGCGCUGCGACGUGUAAUCCAGAAUGUGAACGCGACCUUUGUCGAAGACGCCAAGGCUUGGCUUAGCACCAUCCAGGAGCCAGCAACGCGAACGUGGAUGACUAGUCCGCCGCGCAAGAUGGACGCUGGUGUUACGAGCUGGGCUUGUCUCGACUAUCAUACGUGGGACAUUGGAUUUGGGCCGGGAACUUGCGUACGCCAGCCAGUCUCGCCAAUACCGUUCUUGUUCCCGAUGCCCGGAAAAGUAGACAAUGAUGGUGAGAAGAUAUUGGAAGCCGGCAUUGCUGUAAGCGAGAAGGUGCACGAACUGUUGAUGCAGGAUAAGGAAUUCAGCCAAUAUGUCAAGGACUAUUAUGUCCAACCCUAG